AUGUCGUUGUAUGCAUGUCAUGUCAACUUGACAGCUAAUACAGUUCAUUGUCGGCAAGAUGGAGACUCCAAAGAGAGGAGGUGGUACUCCACAGGCGCGAGGUUUGGGCGGAGAGAGCUCUACCAUCAACUCCGCCCCCAUUGCUACCUAUUGUACCAUUCGUCGAUUUCGAUUGUUUUCACAGCAAUCUUGAUCUUAUUUAUUCCUUUUUUGUUUUCUCCUCUAAUUCCCAAGCUAAUCCAAUUGGUAGUUUCUAAUCCCAGAUUUUCUCAGUUUGAUCUCGAGUUUUCUUACUGGUAGUUCUUUCGAACUUCUUUUAUAAUCCUUUACUAAUCUAAUUGGUGGUCUUUAAUCCAGGAUUUUUUUACAAUGAAUUAUUCUAAAAGUUAUCCACUCAGUUUGUAGUUUGAAUUAAAAAAAGUGUGAGUCUAAUUUUUUUGAUUUUUAGACUUGACUAGAUAUCGAUUUUAUAUUGUACCUAAGCUUGGGCACAUUUUUCAUCUUGAUCAAAUUUAAACGAAUAUUUUGUUAGUUUAUCAAUUCCUAAUCAUAUAAUAAUUUCUCCAUGUUAGCUUUCUUCCGAUUUUCGAGGAGUCCAAAUUUUUUUCUCAAAAAGUUUUCACAUACUUUUUCAAACAUCAUUAUAAGAACCAAAUGUCAUUUUCAGUAUUUUAUUCUGAAAUUCCAGUUUUCUCAAAAAAUUUUCCUUAGUCAUGGAACCUGUAGGAAAAUUUAAAAACUCAUAAUUCGAAUUCAUAUCACUUAGAUAGGAGCAAUUUUCUCAAACUACUUCAGUAGCCAUCCUUACCUGAAAAAGGAAUAAUUAUUUGAGUUCUUUUUCUAAAUAUUCAACUCAUAUAAUCAUUUUAUUCUUUGAGUGGGAAUAUUGGAAGUUAGUAUUGAUCCAUAAAUUUCUUUUUUCCAUUAUUUUUCCUUUCGUUCCUGAUUCCAAAGUUUUUCUCCGAAACCUUCCCCCACUAAUGUAAUAAAACGUUGUGCUCAUGCGACAGUGCCCCUUCUUUUGAAAUUCCCUAAUCCCGAGAUGACAUUCUGACUCAAUUUGAAGCUAGAAGAAGCCGUACAAAAACAACGGGCGCUAGGAAGGGAUUACGGUAGCGUUGCGUUGUUUCGCAAGUGCUUCUCGUGUGCGUUUCUGCUUGUUACGCGAUUUUCCAUGAUAAAAUGAAUGAGAUAGUUGAAAAAGAAGCUGAGAUACAUGUGGGAGUAUCUUUCAAAUUUCAAAGGUUUUAGUGGAAUUUUGCGGUAAUUAAAUGGAGUAAGGUGUACUGGAAGCUACUUUGAAAGUAUUUUAUUCGAAUAUCCUUAUACAUAACAGAAGAGUUUCAAGAACGAUUCCCACUACUUUUGACUUUAUUUUUUUCUUGGAAUUUUUUUGAAAAAAAUCAGAUUGGUUAUCAUUUUUUUGUAGUCUGAAAUUCGAUGAUAUUGAUUAUUUUUUUGCCAGAGGUCUUUUUGAAAAAAAUUCUCUUCUAAUCGAAUUUGCCAAUGUCUUUUGCCAUGAUAAAGUUCAUCAAGUACUUUUCUUGAGCCAUAUUCGCAAAGUGCACGCAUCGUAACCUUUCGGCGCACAAUAAUGAAUGUCACUUAAAGCCUUUCAAGACAGUUGUCAACGUUUCCGCUUCUUCUUCUAAUAUAUAUUUUUUGUUCGUUUGGUCUGAUAAUCCGGCUUAGGGCCGGAUUCGCGCACAAGAGCAUAAUAGCAAGUGAUAUGCAUUAUCAGGAUUGUCGAGGCCCUGCAGCGACCGCCCUCGUCGUCCCAAUGGUAAAUCCUCCCUUCUACCCCAGCUUCUCGCCUUUUCCAUCGGCGACGCUUCCUUACGCAGCUUUUCCAACUUAUUUCCCGCCGCCGGCUCCGAUCAACGCAGCCACGACGUCGUCUAACUCGACACCGCAGGCUUCCAACCCCGGGUUUGUCUUUUUUCUGCUCGUUGUUCCGAUAUCAAGAUUAAGAAGUGUUAAGACGAUUAUGCUUAAGACGGUAUUAGUAGGUCGCGGCGAGGCCUGACGGAAAUCCGCUCUGAAGCUUAAUUUUUCUCAUUUAGUUGCGAAAACAGCUCGCGCCGGGGUGGUCGUCGCGAAAGGACAUCCUUCAACAGGUUCCAGUUGGAACAGCUGGAGCUCGUCUUCCGAGAAACACAGUAUCCCGACUUGUACAAAAGAGAAGCUUUGGCCAAAGCCAUUCAGUUGCCUGAAGGACGGGUUCAGGUAAUCACGGUAUGUUACUUUUGAACUUGACUAAUAAUUUCAAUUAUCUUCCAGGUUUGGUUCAAAAAUCGGAGAGCCAAAGAUCGAGCGCAGAAAAAGCUGACAGAUCGCUCACGUCAAAGGUGUACGCCGUAAGUUUUUUAAAACAACCUCUUGAGUUUUUUUUGUUGUUAUUAAUUAGCAUUUCUGUUUCAGAAACUCGAGAUCGUCUCCAGACUCGCCGCCUCUUGAGACAAAAACUGAAGUCCUCAAGCCAACGCCGGCUCCUUUGAUUCCCUUACCAGGGACGGAAGAAUUCAACGUACAGAAUGAGACAAAAUAUCAGGUAAGAAAGUUGAAACCAACUUUUUCUCAUAAAGAUUUCAGACGACUCCGCUGCCUAGUAUGGCAGUCAAAAUGGAGAACGAGGAUAGUAAAUUCGAAGCUGGAGAGAUAAAGUACGAUUUGACUCCGCCACAGCCCCAAACUAGUGAGUUUCUAUGUUCAGAAUGUUUCAUGCUGAGCUUCAAUCAGAAAAAUUGGUUGCAUUUUUCUGCUAUUCGUUUUAUGCAAGAGUAGAAAGACUUGCUUUUAUUAACUUCAUCAUGAAAAAAUUUAUCUCUCCUUUUCUAAAACUAUCAAAUAUUCAGUUACAGAUUGGACCUACGCUUCCGGUUACCCUUCCUACUUCAACAGCUACUUUCCUGGAGGAUACUACUACGGCGGAUAUGGAAACGACUACACGCCAAACAACGCUGCCUAUUUUGGCCAUCUCUGA